GAAGCGGGGGCAGCACCUGGCAGUGAUCUACGGAACAAGACAUACAGUGAGGUAAAAAGCGCAGCCAUUUAAGAGCGCAACUCCGAAGAAAGGAGUUAUUGGUUAAGUUCCUUAUGUCUUCUCCCGAAAUUGCUUCCCUCUCCUGGGGGCAGAUGAAAGUACAAGGCUCAGCUAAAACCUAUAAGGACUGCAAAGUGUGGCCAGGGGGCAGUCGGGCUUGGGAUUGGAGAGAAACAGGAACUGAGCAUUCUCCUGGUGUGCAGCCUGCAGAUGUGGAGGAAGUUGUCAAGAAGGGUGUGCAGACCCUUGUGAUUGGCCGAGGGAUGAGGGAAGCCUUGAAGGUGCGUCCAUCAACUGUGGAGUACCUCAAGAAACAAGGCAUUGAUGUACGGGUCCUCCAGACAGAGCAGGCAGUAAAAGAGUAUAAUGCCUUGGUUGCCCAAGGGGUCAGGGUGGGAGGCGUCUUCCAUUCUACCUGCUAGAUGGAGCCUUAGGAGGAGAAUAAAUCACUAAGCAAUAAUG